GUCCAAUAGAGGUCGACGUCCUCAAUGCUGCGGAGUGCGCAUGCUACUUUAGUUUGCGCGCGAGAUCAUUGGCAUCCUAGCUGGGCAAGUUGUUUGAGAGAGAAUUGUACCCAUACGUAACAAACUGCGUGUCUGGAUUUAUACAUGAUGAACAGUGAGUUGUUGGCUACUUGCAGUGCCCUAGGGUAUUUGGAGGGGGAAACCUACCAUAAAGAACCGGACUGUAUUGAAAGUGUAAAAGACUUGAUUCGUUACCUGAGACAUGAAGAUGAUACGAGGGACAUCAGACAACAGCUCGGAGCUGGACAGAUUCUUCAGAAUGACCUCUUACCCAUCAUAACCCAGCAUGGCCAGGACAAGCCACUCUUCGAUGCCUGCAUCAGGCUCUUGGUCAAUCUGACUCAGCCAGCACUUCUCUGCUUUGGGAAAGUCCCAGAUGACCCUACAUUCCGACAUCAUUUUCUUCAAGUUUUGUCCCAUCUGCAAGCAUAUAAAGAGGCAUUUGCCAAUGAGAAAGUGUUUACUGUGCUGAGUGAGACCCUGUACAACCUUCUUCAGUUGGACUGGGAGCAGAGGCAUGAGGAGGAUAACCUGCUGAUCGAGAGAAUUCUGCUGCUGAUCAGGAACGUGCUGCACAUCCCAGCUAACCCUAGCCAGGAACAGAAUGUGGAUGAUGAUGCUAGCGUGCACGACAAGCUGCUCUGGGCCAUCCACAUGAGUGGAAUGGAUGACCUGCUCAAGUUCCUGGCCAGUGCCCAGAGUGAGCAGCACUGGAGCAUUCAUGUUCUGGAGGUCAUCUCUCUUAUGUUUCGAAACCAGACUCCCGAGCAGUUGGUGAGUGUGGGACAGGCACGCUCCAUGCAGGAAAAACAAAAGGACAGUGCAGAGCUGGAGAGCCUGCGGCAAAAAGAGCUGUUGGAGAAACGUAGUCGCAUAUUGCAGAGGGGGGCCAGGCAUUCUCGGUUCCGAGGUUCAUAUGUAGUACAAGGAUUGAAGUCCAUUGGAGAGAACGAUGUCAUUUUCCACCAAGGACUCCACAACCUCAAGAACUAUUCUCAUGAUGCUGGAAAGGCCGUGAGGCGUGUGCCUAAGCGUAAACAGCUGGCCCGGGAUGGCGAGAGCCAGCGGCGCUCUGUCCUCAAUGUUCGCCUCUUUCUGCGUGAAUUCUGCAUUGACUUCUUGGAUAACUGCUACAAUCGGCUCAUGUACCUGGUUAAGGAUGCAUUGAUUCGUGAGCGGGCCCAGCAGCAUGAUGAGACCUACUACCUGUGGUCUCUGAACUUUUUUAUGGCUUUCAACCGUGGCAACGGCUGCAGGCCUGAGCUGGUCUCAGAGACAUUGUCCAUCCGUACCUUCCAUUUCAUAGAGAAGAACAUCACCAACUACUAUGAAAUGAUGCUCACUGACCGUAAGGAGGCCACGUCAUGGUCUCGCAGGAUGCAUUUGGCUUUGAAGGCCUACCAGGAACUACUGCUUACAGUAAAUGAAAUGGAUCGCUCAAAGGAUGAGAACGUUCGUCAGAGUAGCAAUGUUAUCAAAAGUAAUAUCUUUUACCUCAUGGAAUACAGAGAAAUUUUCCUCACUCUGCUACGGAAGUUUAAUGAGAGAAUGCAACCGCGUUCUUUUCUGUGCGACCUAGUGGAAUCCACUCAUCUGUUUUUACGUAUGCUUGAGCGCUUCUGCAAGGGCCGCAACAACCUCCUGGUACAGAAAAAGAAAGUGAAACGGAGGAAACAGAAAAAGAAGCCCGUUCCCCAGUUGGAGAACACAUGCGAAGCACUGGAGGAGACAUGGCAGGUGGUGUCAGAGGAACUCCGAUCCUCUGGUUUUCAGAUAUCGGAGGCUUUGAGAGAGGGCGCUGUUCCCUUUGAUGCCAUUUCUGAGAUUCCAGUUACUGAGCAACGCACAGAAGCCAUGAUCCGCAUCCAAGACGCUCUACGUGCCCGCACUGGGCCAGAGGCACUCAGCUUGCUUCGUGCUGCACGAGAGGUAUGGCCAGAGGGAGAUGUCUUUGGUUCUGUUGAGGUAGAACCUGAACAAGAGCUGGAACUUCUAAAGCAGAUUCUCUUUGCUGAGCUACCCAGACCAUCCGUCACAGAACCUGCCAUGGAAGAGGAAGGAGCAGAACUAGAUGAGGAGGAAGAACUGGAGUCUGUGCGCGUGUCAGAAAAUGAAUUCAACUUCCUCGACUUCAUUAAGAGGUUCGCAAACCCAAACAUCAUUCAUCCCUUCUUGUUGCUGCUACGUUCGUAUGCCACAAACACGGCACACACCAAUCACUGCAUAGUGCGUAUGCUGUACCGCCUUGCCGUGGACCUGAAGAUGGAGGCUCUGCUCUUCCAACUCUCCGUCUUCUAUCUCUUCAAUAAGAUCCUGUCCGACCCUGCUACUGCUGCCUAUAAGGAGUUGGUGACUUUUGCCAAGUACAUUCUGAACCGUUUUUUCAGCCUUGCAGCUCAGAACAACAAAGCCUUCGUUGAGCUCCUUUUCUGGAAGAAUGUUGGUGCUGUGAGAGAGAUGACAGAGGGCUACGGCAAAGAUGGUGAUGGUGCAAAGAAAAAAGCACCAUGGACACCUGUGGAAGAAGAGGAGCUUCGUCAGUUGUACGAAGAGCACAAGAACUCUGGAGUACCUGACAUUGUCGAGACCUUGCUGCUGCUGCUGAGUAACACCAGCCGCACCAGACGCCAGGUUGUGGCCCAAAUGGUGUCUAUGGGUUUGGUAGACAGUGUAAAGGACCUAAAGAAAGAGAGGAAAGGCACCUGCAUUGUGCUCUGGACAGAGGAGCAGGAGCAGGAGCUGCACAUGCUCUUCGAAGAGUACAAAGAUUCUGAUGAUGUGUUGGGCAACAUUCUAAAGUGUCUGACUGCUAAGCGCUCGAGGGCACGUGUUGUAGACAAGAUCCUCAGCAUGGGCCUGGUGUCUGAGCGCAAGGAUCUGUACAAGAAACGGAGGAGCGCUCCUCCUGGGAAAAGCAGUGGAAUGACUGAAGAGGAAUUUUUUUUCAACCCAAGUGGAGCAUUAAGCGAGGAUGCCAUGCACAGGGAUGAGGAAGAGGAGGAUGUGGAGAAAGAUGAAGCUGACUGUAAAGGACAGAGGGAGGAGGAGAGACAGCCCACUCAGGUGGACAUGGGCAGGAGACAAGAGAGUAUGCAGGGAAAGAACGCCAACCUCGGAGCUAUUGCUCAGAGCAUGCAGCGUGAAGGCAUGUCGGGGCCAGUCUUGUGGCUUCAGAAUUGCCUUAACAGAGCAGCAGCAGAUCGUGAAGAAGAUGGUGUUUCUUACCCCAUCGCACUAGUCCCUCUGACGGAGGACAACGAGAAUGCCAUGGAGAACAAAAGCUUCCAAAGGUUUCUCCGCAAAGUUGGCAUCCGAGCACCAGCGGAUGAACAGGAGAGGUUUUGGAGGAUCCCUGCGGCUAUGAGCGUGUAUCAGCUAAGGGCCACCGCGGCGUCUCUCACCCUACCAGAGGACAGCGUGGUCAGAGAGCGAAGAGAGAGGGACGUUGGGGAGGCACUCAACUCUGAGCUAGAGCAGGAAGGAGACGCCCCUGACACACAGGAAAUGAGAGACCAUGCACUCAGGGCCCUGCUGCUGGCUCGGCAGAGGAAACGCUCAGACAAUACGAAAAAAAGUUCUUUUGCUGAGCAAGCAAUUUCUCAGGGUGAAACACAGAGUGCUGAAGUUGAGGAUAAAACUUCAUCCAAGAGGAGGCGUGUGUUAGACAGUGAUGACGAGAGAGUUGAGGACUCUCCUUCCAGAAUAAUUUUUGAAACUGAGAGAGGUGAUCGGUCAGAUGAGGAGGCUCACUCCACCUCUGCAAAGCGCAGUCGACAGAGGGUGCUAAGUGAUGAAGAUGACUAGAAUACAGUGAAAUUGGUGUAAUUAUAGUAAAUGGCUUUGAUAUUCAAGUCAGACUACAUAAGCCCGCUGGUUCAUAUUUUCAGUGUCCAAACACACCUCAGCACUCUGCAGUCACUGAUUGUGACUGAGUUGUACUGGACUGUGGAAUAGAACACUGAAAUGAGCUGGCUGAGGAAGACCUUGGAUAUAAAUGGCUGAGUAUACUUCAUAUAGAGGGUUUUUUUUUUUUUUUUUUUUUUUUUUUUUUAAUCAUUCCUUAAAAAUAGUCUUGAGGUUCAAAGGAAAUCUCCAAGUAUGUUAUUUCCUGGAUUUGCUUAAAUCACUCUAGCUCUCAGUGGAUGGUUAAACAUUUAAAGGCUGUCAGCCAUCUGUACAUUGUUCUGGCUAUGGAGGGUCUUUUAUGAAGAUUCAGUGUUAACAUGCUAGGUUCUUCCAUUUGGCUUGAAAUGGAAUUUUCCCUGCUAUAUUACUAGGGAAGUAAUAUUAUUCACAAUAAUUUAAAUUCCAUUAUGUGUUAAGUGCGGUGGUGUGAAAUUGCCAAAUGUUAGACAUUUAAUGUGUUUUUAAAAUGAUGUUGGCCAAGUUCAGUAAGUGUUGGCAUCAAUUUAAUACAUUCAUUCUGAGGUGGUUUUUUUUUGUUGUUUUGUUUUGUUUUGGUUUGGUUUUUUGUUCAAGUUAUACUUCUAUAGCUGUCUUUGGUUUUUCAUUAUGUUAAUAUGCAUCUUGAAAAGACUGCAGGAGAAUCUUCAGAUGGUAUUUUAUAUAUGCUACCUCAAGCAAGACCUUUUCAAAAGAGAUAAAUGAUAUGACAAGGUAAUUGUCACUGGCUUUCUCACAGCAAAGGGGAAGAUUCCAACUCUUGUAACCUGUUUUUAAUUGUUUUUUUUUUUUUUCACUGUAGCAAGUGAUAUAAUAAAGUUUAAUAAAGUAAACCAUGUUUG